AUGUCCUUUUGCUGUCAAGAUAGUUUGUAUCAUGAUGAUACACAUCAUUGUCAAUCAACUCAUGCAAAGCUAGGUGUAAGUUUUAAUGAUUUGGUAACAUUUUUCCUAGGAAACUUACAAGAAUUUCCUUCGUUCAUUCUUCCAGAUGGUUGCAUUGAGCAAUGUGAUGAAACUGUUGGAUUUAGAGACAUAUUUGAUAUCGAAAAUGCUGCAAUCAAUCAAGAUAUAAAUGAUUUGGCUGCACUCUUCAGAGACUUAAUGGGAUAUCAGAUUUAUGCGAACGCUUUGGCUAUUACAGUACGGAUAGGAUUAGCUCAAACAGAUGAGGAGAAACAAGCGCUUAGAGAUCAAUUAAGAGAAGUAAAAUAUAAUGAUAUUACUUCAAACAAUUCUUUCAUAAAAAAAGAACCUGCGUUUCCACUUAUGGCUACAACUACGAAUAAAAUUCAAAACUUAUUGAAUUAUGUUGAAAAUAUUGGAAGAAUGAGAAAUGAAAAUUGCGAACCAUGUUUGGAUGUAAAAAACGAAAGAAACCACAUUUACAGCACCUUUUUCUGGUCGAUGGAAAUUUUCAAGGAAAUGAUUGAAAACAUUACACCUUAUUGA